AUGCAUGCUCAGUCCAAUAAGCACAAUGCGUCUCCUAUGGGGGAGGAUCCUCUUGAGAUGAUCAAUUUAUCUGAUCUCGUGCUGGAUGCUGUUCCCUUAACUACGGUGGAACCCAUUCGGGAGGAAGGAAGCUCUACUAACCCUAAGAAGGAUAAACUCUCUGGUAAGUCUUCAACUUCUCUCAAUAAGAUGAUACCUAGAAAGGCCUCCAAGGCAAGUGAGUCAAAGCAAAUAAAGGCCUCUAGGGCUGGUGAUAGCUUGAAUAAUUCUGAUCAUGCCAAGAUGAUUGGGACGGAUAAACAAAUCUGGAGGAUGCUAGCCACCAUUCUUACUGAAAUUGAGUCAGAUGAUGAACAAAAUGUUCAAACAUCUUCUAGAAUAAGGACUAGUUCCAAGGGAAAAUGUGCUCACAGUCUUGUUAGUGAUGAUUUUAUCCUUGAAAAAAGAAGCAAGAAGAAGGCAGAUGUGUGUGUGCCUAAUGCUGUAAUUAACCUAGAUGACUCUUCUUCUAAAGAUGAUAUUUUGGCAAAUCAUCUUAAACUUGGAAUUGCCAAAAGACUUAAGAAAAGAAAGGGAAAGGGUGUUGUUGUUGGACACCCUCAGGCAGAUACUCCUAUGAACAAGGUUAGGGAUGUCAAGGGAAAGGCUAUAAUUGGACCUACUAAGUCUUGGAGUAAGGUCGUAGUUCCCUCAAAGAAGAGGAAAGUGAUCCUUCCCAUGAUACUGAAACAAAGUCCGAUGAAGAUGUUCAAGACAUCUUGCUACAUGGAAGGUCUACUGUGCAAGGAUGUGGAGAAGUUUAUAGAAGAUGCUAGGUUGAGCAAGACUAUCACUGGUUUUGGUCCAUGCUAUGAGGGGUUUGUCAAAGAGUUUGUAGUGAGUGUACUAGUGGGGUAUGAUGAUGCUAACAGCAAGAACUUCAGGAAAGUUGGAGUCAGAGAAAGAGUGGUAAUUUUUUCUCCUGCUGUGAUUAAUGAGUUCCUGGGAAGAUCUGUUGAAUCUCGAGAUGGAUUAGAGGUUACAAAUGAUCAGGCCUGUAGGGAGAUCAUCGGUGGACAGCUUACUGUGAAAUAUGCUAUACUUCACAGGAUUGCUGUUGCUAAUUGGGUUCCCAGUAAUCAUACCUCCACCAUUACUGCGGGGCUGGGAAGGUUCAUUCAUGCUGUGUGUAAAAGACCAACUUAUAAUUUUGGAGCUCACAUCUUUGAUCAGAUUCUGAAGCAAGCCUUCUCUACUACUGUCAAGAUGCCUAUCUUCUUUCCCUAUUUCAUUUGUGGCAUCAUUCUGAAUCAGCACCCUGAUAUUAUUGUGAGUAGUGAUCAUGUGAAGAAGAGGGAUUCUCCUCUGACUCUACACUAUAAGUUGUUUGGUGGAGCACAUGUUCAAGACAUUGCUUUGACGUAUUCUCCAACAUCUGGUGCUACCAGUCCCAAGCAAGGAGUCAUUGUCACUCUGAAGGCAACCUACAGAGAGCUGGAUGAAUCCCUCAGAACCAACACUUCUAGGAAGAUUCAGUUAGAGAGACUGAUUAAGACUCUGGUGGAAGAAGAAAAUAAGACUAAACAGGCCACUGCUGCUGCUGCUAGGAAGGUGGUUGGUAAUUCUGGAAAUAGUGAAGAUGCUGCCCAGAAUGCCUUUGGAGGAGAACAAACUAAACUUGAAAAAGUUAAUGAUGGUGAUAGUGACCACAGUUCAUCUAAUGAUGGGGAAGAGGAAGAACUCAAUAGUGCAUUUGAUAUGGAUACUGACGCUGAAGUUGAAGCUGAUACUGAAGAAAGUGACGGGAUUGCUCCUUGA